GUGGGUCACCAUGCUGGUACUGUAACAUGGCGGUCGGAUGUAAGCAGAAUUGAUCUUCCACGGUGUCGUUCCUGGUAGCAGAGUUUGGGACUCGAUCCCGAGUGGCCGGACUCUAGUUUCCCAGAUUCGGUACGAGGCUUUUCAGCCUUCGCCACCGAGGAGGAAGCCUCUGUCCUCUGCAGGCAGCAAAGCCAGAGUGAGGAGGAACUUGCUCCAUGCAUGAGGAGGAAUCACACAGGUCCACCACAGCACAAGAAACCCAGAUCUUAUGGAUCCCAUUGACUCUGAACAAGGGCCAGAGAAGCCAGCAGAGCAGUGUUGUGAUUUAACACCCAGCUCCAGAGGACGUCAACGGAAGAAAAAUCCAAAAUAUUUAGAUUAUGAAACUGAAAGCGUGUUUGAUGUCCAAAGUUCCCAGAAAAAAACACGUAGAAAGAGCUCAGGAGAAGGAAGAGCAGCAGCUUCUAAAAGGUCUCCGGCCAAGAGUAGAAAAGCUAAGACUGCCACACAACAGAGUGAGGAUGGGGAAGAAGAAGCAGGUGACAGAACACCUCAAGAGCCUGAUGGAAAAACUUCAGAGGAAACACCUAAAAAGGCAGUGAGAGCCAAGAAGACCCCAAGGAAAAAGACUCCCGCCAAAAAAGGUCCUGCCAAAAAAACUCCCACAACUGAUGGGGACCUCCCAACUGGGGAGGGUGGAGUUGUAGUUACUGUGCAGCAGGAAAAUGGGACGCCAAAGCCAAAGAGAAAGUAUGUGAGGAGGAAGCCUGUACAGGAACCAGCUCCAGAACCACCACGUGAGGAGGCGCAAGGGGAACCGACAGAACCCGAGGAGACCACACCAAGUGGACGCCGCAGGAGAGGUGCUGCUAAAGCGGCUUUGAAGUACCUCCAGUCUUUGGCAAAAGAAGUGUUCGCUCAUCCAGGUGAUGAGCCAGGCUCCCAGGCAAGGGCAAACAGUGAUGUCACCCCUACAGACCAGGACUCAGUCACAGAGCGGAAAAGUCUCAAAGGAAGCAAAGGGCGUAAAGGCAAGAAGAGGAAACGCUCUUACUCUGACAGUGACGCCGCAGAAGAUGAGGACUUUGUUCCAGAUGUUGAAGAAGAUGAGGAGGUUGAGGAGAUGGAAGAUGAAGAAGAAGCAGAGGACUCCGACUCAGACUUGGGGACUGGUCGAAGAAGUCCACCAACUUUCUACUUCAACAAGAACCAUACAGGCCCGAAUGUGAAAACCCCCAACGGGCUCACCACCAACGUCAUGAAAGUAGUUUGGGACGCCACUGACACGACCAAGAAAUUCCGGGAGGAGCACCACAGCAGCUGGGUGUUCCCAGAGUGGGUCCCCUGCACCAAUGACUGGCACCUCGUACCACAAAGCGAUGUGGAGAAAUACCUGCCUCAGGAGCUUCAGUCGGCUGCUUUCAAAGUGUCCAGAGAAGGCCUCAGCAAGGAGCAGACACCUCUGCAAAGACUCAGCAGGUUCACAGCAGUGCCCUCUCACCCGGAUCGCUGGGACAUGAUGUUGUAUACAGGUGGACCGGUCUGGGCUAUGGAGUGGUGUCCUACACCUGAUGGUGCUCCGGCAUCACAGUACUUAGCUCUGGCCUGCCAUCGAGGGAUGGACGACCAGCACUAUGUCAACAAGACGUACAGCGGACCUGGACUCGUUCAGCUGUGGAACUUGGGCACGCUGGAGUACAACUGCAGACCAGACUCCCAGCCAGCCUUGGCCUAUGGCUUGGCCCAGGACAAAGGCUUCAUCUGGCAUGUAAAGUGGUGUCCUGCAGGAGGCUGGGAGCUUCCCAGCUGUGGCAGAAAGGCUCCGUUCCUGCCCAGACUGGGUCUUCUCGCAGUUGCUGCCUCCUCCGGUGUGGUCACCAUUUACAGCCUGCCCCACCCUGAUGCUCUACACUCCAACAAGAUGACGGCUAACUCUGGAACAGCCAGUGAACAGUUGCCAAUAUACCAGGCAGAAGGAGUGUUAACUCUGAAGCUGGGCGCAUUGAAAGCUCUUCGACAUGAAAGGAGUGGACAAGUCCUGUCUAUGGAUUGGCUGCCUGAAAAACCACACAACAUAAUGGCUAUUGGAUUCUAUGAUGGUGUAGUAGGUCUGUGGGAUCUGUGCACGAAGUCGGCGCUGUUGCGGGUGCGAGAGUCAAGCACGUCGCUCAGCCUGCUGCCCUAUCGAUGCCUCCUGGCUCACGACCAUGCCGUCAGGGCCCUGGCCUUCUGUCCCGCCUCCAGGUACCUGUUGGUGACAGCAGGAGAAGACCGCUAUAUUAAGACAUGGGAUCUGAGGAGGCUCUACAAUCCCAUCACUGUUCAGAAACGCUAUCUGACCAAUGAGAUCUACUGGCCAUUGAAUGCACCGGGCCUCUUGUUGGCUCAGGAGAACGCCUAUGCAGCGUAUGGUUCACAAGGAGUCCAUUACUUUGACCAUUAUAUGCGAGCCAUCUUUGCGAUUCCUAGGACAGCCUCUCUGUGGUCUAUAUCUUACACCGACUGGAUGAACAGUGUGGUGACUGCAGACAGCCUUGGUGAGGUGAUCCUCUCGCUGUUACCUCAGAUAUGCAGCAGUCCUCAGUACAUCAAACGCACGUUAGAGAGACGAUUUCCUGUUUACUUAACAUCUCUGGUGCUUCACGAUACUACUGAAGAACAAAAUCAAGAGAUGGGAGGAGUGGAGGAGGAGGGAUGUGAUGUUGAAGAGCAGGAGGGAGGAGAGGCAGAAGGAGCGGAUGCCGGAUCUGAAGGAGGGAAUGAGGACGAUAAUGAAAACGGAAGCGAUGGAGGAAGAGAUAGAAAGAAUCAAUGUCCCCCUCUGCGGUUCCACACGUACAAAGAGGCUGUGAAGAAAUACCUCCUCCAACAUAUGGACAGCGAUAUGCGGACCUUUGCAGGAGGCGAGAAGCAAACCUUGUGGAAACGCAUGAAGGACACGGAGGUGAAGAGAAAGCUGAACUUGGAUGAGAAGCCGUUGGGCGCACUACACAAGGUACGUUUCAACCCAAACAUGUGCUGCCAUAACUGGAUAGCAACCGGGGGCCAGACAGGGCUGGUCAGACUAAUCUGUCUGAGGUCUAUGAUAAGCCCCCAUGCCAAGAAGAUGAUAAGAGAAAACCAGGCCCAGUUUGACGCACUGUUCUCACAAAAAGACCAGGAGGUGGCCGUCCAAACAGCUACAGACGAGCUAUAGCAGGAGCUGAGCUUUACUGUGGGAUCAAAAGGUGGACCACAAAAACUCUAACCUGCAAAACAGUUUUAAAAAUGAUAAAAACAACAGUAAUCAGCUGUUGUUGUUCCAACUUGGUUUAUCCUGUUAUGUGGGCAGCUCAAAAAUACUCUUUCAUCUCUGAACUCUGAACCUGUUCUUAAAAUCCUGCCUGAAAGUGUUCCAGGUUAAUGGAGAACUACAGGUAAGAGUUUGCACCUGUGACCUCCGCACCUCCACACUCCAAAACUUGUGUUCCUCAGACUGAACACCAUUUUACUUCCACCAGAUGUCUCAUAGACAUAAUUUUUACACUUUUCCUACACUAGAUGAAUAUGAAAAGUGACAGUUAAUUUGCUUCCAAGAAGUUUGAGCAGCUGGCACUUAAGUGCCUUGCUUAACACGCACCACAUUAGCGUUUUCCACCUAAUGAUUAUUGAUUCCAAGUAGGUCAAGAAGGGUUUUCGGUUGCUCCAGUUUCUCUAAUUUGGCGUACAGAUUGCAAACGUGGCAGUGAAUCCAUUGUUGACAGCAGUCCAAAAGAAACAGAAAUGUAAACAUCAACUACUCUCAGGAAAAGUAAUCAAUACCUGCAGCUUUUUUAUUGAUGAUAACAACAGCUAAAAACCUUGCUAUUGCUGGCGUCCAGUGGUUAAAAUUUCCUACAGUGAUGUAAACGUGUACUUUAGGGUGUGUUGGUACACUGUGACAUCACUGUAGGGUGUGGUUACAGGUGCAACAUACUUAAACCUUUUGUUUGUUAUUCUGAAACAAGUAAAUACAUUCAAAAUACCAAUAAAAUGAAUCCUGUUUUUCUACUUCUGUCAGUAUAAUGCAAAGCAGACAGGACACAUCUUGUCAUUAGUUGGUGCAAAAAUUCAAACUGAAGUGUUUCUGCUUACAAAAUGUUAGAUGUAAAGGAUGGAGUCGCCAAAAUGUGAGAAACUGGAAAAACUUAAAACCAUUCAGGCUAAUUUCUCAUACAUUAUUUUGCAAAGUUUUGAUUGUGUAAUCGGUAAAACAUUCCACUGCAGUUUUUGUUGAUUUGUGUCUUCAGAUUUGUUCAUACUAGCAAGAGCGUGCAGCAACAAGGAUAGCGGUGUCGUUCUUUUAACUUGUUCAUCACAUUUGCACAUUGUCUUUAAAGCCUGUGUUCAUAUUGGUUCCACACUCAUAGUUUUAAGAGUUUCUUGACAACAUGGUAUUUAAUUUUUUUCACAGUGCCUUAAAGAUGCACUUUAUCUUUUUUCAACUUGCUGUCGAUGUUCUCAAACUGUGAACGUGCUGAGUUUAAAAACAUCAAUAGCAAGUUGGAAACGUGUAUCUUUAAGCUCAUUCUUGCUGCUGUAUUUUUGUAAUUGCUACUUUUUCUCUUUUUAUCAUGUCAAAAACAACUCAGGCUAUAACUGAGGGGAAAUACUUGAAUUUUUUUAUUGUAACUCUGCUGGAUGUAAUGUUUAUAAUGACAUAUUUUAGGUCUUUUUCUUCCUUGUUUCUGUCUUUACUCUCUAUUCCUGCUGUUGUUCCUCUGAUGAUUGAAAGGUUUUGAUUCAUUUUUUAACAUCCAGUGUGUAGGAUAUAGGGGCAUCUAUUGGCAGAAAUUGUAUGUAAUAUUCAUAACUAUGUUUUCGUAAGUUAAAUAAUUGUCUGAAAAUAAGAAUUGUUGUGUUUUUGUCCACCAUUUUAUUUCUACAAUAGCCCAAAACAGACAAACCAAACACCGGCUCUAGAUAGGGCCAGUUGCAUUGUUUGCUUUGAGCAAAUUGGUGUUCCUACACACUUAAAACAGUAGAACAGGAGAAGUUUCAGUUCUGCAACCUCACCACUAGAUGUCACUGAGUCCUACGCACUGGACCUUUAAAUUAAAACAGCUGCUGUAUUGUGACAUGACCUAAUUUAUUUUUCAGUGUCUACAAAACAAUUGUUAUUGUUUACAGAUGCAGCUGUCUCUUUUUUAGAGGUUAUCUACAACAUAUUUACCUCUAAGUUAAAUUAGGGGUUUGGGAAUGUGCUUAUCAGUUGUGUUUUGUUUUUCCACAUCACUUACAAAUGUCAUUGACGGUUUCAGAAUGAUGUUCAGUGAACACCAUGAUAAUGUUGUCAGUCAUGAAACAGUUCAUCACUGACAAUGUUGUCAUGAACUUGUAAAUCAUAAAAGCAUCACAAUGUACAGCAAUUGUUCUUUUGUUGUUUUGUUGCUAUUUUUUUUAAAUGUCACAUAUAAUAAAUGAUUUUAUAAUUAAGAAAAUAUUUGAGUAAAUAUUAAAUAAAAAUGAGU